GCGCUGACUCGGGCAGGGUUGGGAAAGGUCCCUGCGAAGGAUGAACACGUGUCUUCGUGACGUGUUUCAAGGCACUUGGAUCGUCAGCCAAGCGAACAUGAGGAGACCAAAUAUUCUUCUCACGGGUACGCCUGGUGUUGGGAAAACUACCCUAGGCAAAGAGAUCGCUGCAAGAACAGAUUUUACUUACAUUAAUGUGGGUGAUGUGGCCAAAGAAGGGGAGCUAUACGAAGGAUUUAAUGAGGAAUAUGAAUGUCCAGUUUUAGAUGAAGACAGGGUAGUUGAUGAACUGGAAGAGAAGAUGAGUGAUGGUGGUGUAAUAGUUGAUUAUCACAGCUGUGACUUCUUUCCUGAACGAUGGUUUAAUAUAGUAUUUGUGCUUCGAACUGAAAACUCAGUCUUGUAUAACAGAUUGGAAAACAGAGGAUACAAAGGAAAAAAGCUUCAAGACAACCUUCAAUGUGAAAUUUUUCAGAUCAUUUAUGAAGAAGCCAUGUCAUCGUAUAAGGAAGACAUUGUCCAUCAGUUGCCCAGCAACAUUCCAGAGGACAUGGAGAAAAACUUAGAUCAGAUUAUACAAUGGAUCGAACAGUGGAUGAAAGACAAUAACUAGCAUUUUAAUAUACAGUAUAAUAUUAAUAGACAAAACAGUCAUAUAAAUAACUUAAUUCAGCAGCACUGGCUGACUGGUUCUUGUAUAGUAAGUUAAACUUGCUGUUUCUUUCAUUGAGGAAACAGUAACAGUUACUUUUCUGAGAAAAUGAAAAUGGAGAUAAAUGAAAUUCAGCAUACAUCAAGCACUGAUGUUUUCUUUUCUGGAACUAAGAAGGUUUAAAGAUACGGUAUUCUUGAAUAGGAGCCGCCUUCUUUAAGAAUAGGAGACUUCUACUGAAUUUAAGCAUAUAGUAACUUAAAUGUAGUAUCAGUACUUAAGAUACUCCUAGCUGCCCAUUCUAUGGUAUAAUGUAAAUUACACAGUCAUUCAGUGUAUAUAGUACGACUAACACUUCUUAUGGGGGAUACCCAUUGUCAUGGCAUUGUCAUCCUCUGCACACUUGCAAAAUCUAUUCCAGAGGGUUCCCCAAUUGUCCAAAGUAGAUUUGGGGGGGCAUCAGUGUACAGGACAGGGGAAAACUCCCAUUGCACAAGUGGCUGUCACUGUUGGAUGUUGCCCUAUCCAUGGAGCAUUUGACUUGUGCCUCUUAUAACGUCAGUGUGUGUGUGUUUUGUAUAUAUGAAAAUGAAAAUCCUCCAGUUUGCCAUAUUCCUAGCUAAGCUACUUUGUUUUGAAACUUUUAUUAUUUACUAAUUAACUAUUGGAAAUGACUUUGUACUUAAUAUAAUUUUGAUUUAUGGGGAAAUGGGUCUAUAGUUUUGUAAGUUUCUUAAUAAAGAGGAGUGCAUUUAAUGGUAAACAUUUAGCUUUGCAUUUAUAUACAAGUAUGUCUAAUAAAGUGCCUUCUAUGAUA